AUGGAGCCCAUUGUCCACACCAUUUUCGAGCCGGAGACUUCGACGUGGCAGUACGUUGUGACCGAUCUAUCCACCAAAACUGCAGUCAUCCUCGACCCUACGGCCGACAGCUUGCUGGCCCUGGUCGGGGAGAAGGGGUACAUUGUCGACCGCCUUCUCGAGACGCAUGUCCACGCCAACCAUCUCACGGCAGCCACGUAUCUCCAAGACCUGCUGACAAGAGACGGGAAGAAACUUGACAGAUUGCUCGACGAUGACGAGCCAACAUUUUUUUGCGGCGACUCCAUCUUCAACUGCGACGUCGGUUCCGCUCGCUGCGACUUCCCCGGCGGCAACGCGAAAGACCUCUUCCAAACCGCUUCCAAACUCUUUAGCCUCCCGCCCAACUUCAAAAUCUACACCGGCCACGACUACCCGCCCAACACCCCACGCUCGACGCCCCAGGCGUUCUCUACCGUGGCCGAGCAAAUGGAACACAACAAGCAUUUGAGAACCGGCACGUCAGAAGCCGACUUUGUCAGAUGGCGGACGGAGCGCGACGCGGCGCUGGCCGAGCCCCGGCUGAUUCACCAGGCGUUGCAGGUGAACAUUCGCGCGGGAAGGCUGCCGCGCGACGGUCUGUUGCACAUGCCUGUGAACGUGGAGGGGUGGUGA